AUGGCAUGGACGGAGAAAGAUGUUGGUAAUGGGAGAGAUGGGGACUCAGUUGGAGAAAAUGGAUUCUUGGAUGGUUCACAUCCUUCUCCUAGUACUAGUGGCUCUAUCGUUGCUGUGUCUCCAGUAGGGAGGAGAUUUGAAGUGAAAGAUGCUCUGUCUUAUGCCAACAUUCUUCGCUCGAGGAAUAAGUUUGCUGAUGCUCUGAGUCUUUAUGAGACUGUGUUGGAGAAAGAUGCCGGAAAUGUGGAAGCUCAUAUUGGAAAAGGAAUAUGCUUGCAAAUGAAAAAUAUGGGAAGGCUCGCUUUUGACAGUUUCACGGAAGCAAUCAGGUUGGACCCGCAGAAUGCAUGCGCCCUCACACAUUGUGGUAUUUUGUAUAAGGAUGAGGGCCGCCUAAGGGAGGCUGCUGAGUCAUAUCAAAAGGCUCUAAAAGCAGACCCUUCGUACAAACCCGCUUCAGAAUGCCUAGCCAUUGUAUUAACAGAUCUUGGAACUAGCUUAAAGCUUGCUGGCAAUACUCAAGAGGGACUGCAGAAGUAUUAUGAAGCUUUGAAGACAGAUCCACACUAUGCUCCUGCAUAUUAUAACCUUGGUGUUGUCUACUCUGAAAUGAUGCAAUUUGACACGGCCCUUAGUUGCUAUGAGAAGGCUGCACUGGAGAGGCCGAUGUAUGCUGAAGCAUAUUGCAACAUGGGUGUCAUUUACAAAAAUCGUGGUGAUUUGGAGUCUGCUAUUGCUUGUUAUGAGAGGUGUCUUGCUGUUUCACCAAACUUUGAAAUUGCAAAGAAUAAUAUGGCCAUAGCCUUGACAGAUUUAGGAACAAAGGUUAAAUUGGAAGGUGACAUUGAUCAAGGUAUAUCCUAUUACAAGAAGGCUCUUUAUUAUAACUGGCAUUAUGCGGAUGCUAUGUACAAUCUCGGUGUUGCUUAUGGUGAAAUGCUUAAGUUUGACAUGGCCAUUGUGUUCUAUGAACUUGCAUUCCACUUUAAUCCCCAUUGUGCAGAAGCAUGCAAUAAUUUGGGAGUAAUAUACAAAGAUCGAGACAACCUUGAUAAAGCAGUAGAGUGUUAUCAGUUGGCUUUGUCAAUCAAACCAAACUUUUCACAGUCGUUGAACAAUCUUGGUGUUGUCUACACUGUCCAGGGUAAAAUGGAUGCUGCUGCAAACAUGAUUGAGAAAGCUAUAAUUGCAAAUCCCACAUAUGCAGAGGCAUAUAACAACUUGGGGGUUCUCUACCGAGAUGCUGGAAAUAUUACUUUGGCUAUUGAUGCGUAUGAGCAAUGCCUAAAAAUAGAUCCUGAUUCCCGGAAUGCAGGCCAGAAUCGAUUGCUUGCAAUGAACUACAUAAAUGAAGGACAUGAUGAGAAACUUUUUGUGGCUCACAGGGACUGGGGUAGACGCUUUAUGAGGUUAUAUCCACAGUACACUUCAUGGGAUAAUCCAAAAGAUCCAGAACGACCCCUUGUGAUCGGAUACAUAUCUCCUGAUUAUUUUACUCAUUCCGUGUCAUAUUUUAUAGAAGCUCCGCUUGCCCAUCAUGAAUAUGCAAAGUACAAGGUGGUUAUUUAUUCUGCAGUAGUGAAGGCAGAUGCCAAGACUAUUAGGUUUAGGGAUAAAGUCUUGAAAAAGGGUGGGAUUUGGAGAGAUAUAUAUGGGAUUGAUGAAAAGAAGGUUGCGACCAUGGUUAGAGAAGAUAAGGUUGAUAUCCUGGUGGAACUUACUGGCCAUACUGCUAACAACAAAUUGGGAACAAUGGCGUGCAGGCCCUCACCUGUUCAGGUGACCUGGAUUGGCUACCCAAACACAACUGGUUUACCGGCAAUUGACUAUAGAAUCACAGAUUCACUGGCGGAUCCUCCUGAUUCAAAGCAGAAGCAUGUUGAGGAGUUAGUUCGAUUACCAGACUGCUUCCUGUGUUAUACACCUUCCCCUGAGGCGGGGCCCGUUUUGCCCACUCCUGCUCUUUCCAAUGGCUUUAUUACUUUUGGCAGCUUUAAUAAUCUGGCAAAGAUCACUCCAAAAGUGUUACAAGUUUGGGCGAGAAUUCUUUCUGCAAUUCCAAAUUCUCGUCUUGUGGUGAAAUGUAAGCCGUUUAGUUGUGAUAGUGUGAGAGAGAGAUUUCUUUCAACAUUGGAGCAGCUGGGGUUGGAACCACUACGUGUUGAUCUUCUACCUCUAAUUUUACUCAAUUACGAUCAUAUGCAAGCCUAUUCUCUCAUGGACAUUAGUUUGGAUACUUUUCCAUAUGCUGGAACAACCACAACAUGUGAAUCUUUAUAUAUGGGAGUUCCAUGUGUUACUAUGGCUGGUUCAGUACAUGCGCACAAUGUUGGUGUUAGUAUUCUCAGUAAAGUUGGGUUGGGAAAUCUGAUUGCUAAAAAUGAGGAUGAAUAUGUCCAGUUGGCAGUGCAGUUGGCCUCUGAUGUUACAGCGCUUUCAAAUUUGAGAAUGGGUCUCCGGGACCUUAUGUCUAGGUCGCCUGUCUGUGACGGACCAAGUUUACCCUUGGGCUGGAGUCAGCAUACAGGAAUAUGUGGCACAGAUACUGCAAAGGUGAUGUGCCAUCACAAAGGCACAUAG